AUGAAAAAAGCCAUGGUGCAUCCGUGGUUAGAGCUUUUACUUGCAACCCAGUUUUUUACUACCUGCAGGAACCAUCUCCUUUCCAACCGCAAUGACUGUAACCUAUUUUGCAUCGAUUGUGAGGCACCACCAGCCGCUUUCUGCUACUAUUGUCGUUCACAUCAUCAUUUGACCCACCGUGUAAUCCAGAUAAGGCGGUCAUCAUACCAUGAUGUUGUAAGAGUUUCUGAGGUGGAGGACAUUCUCGAUAUUAGCGAUGUGCAAACUUACGUGAUCAAUGGUUCAAGUGUUGUCUUUUUGAAUGAGAGACCACAGCUGCGUGGUUGUGUCUCUUCUUGCAAGGCUUUGUCAUCAUCAUCAUAUAGCUGUGAGACCUGUGGUCGUGCCCUACUUGACCAAUUUCGCUUCUGCUCCCUUGGUUGCAAUGUUAAAGGCAUCAAACAGGAUAUGGAGAUGCCAGCCAAGGCAGAAAAUGGUUCUGAAUGUGGAGGAAACGAAGAUGUGACAAGUGGAAAUAUUGUUGGUUCAACCAGUGAAAAUAAUACUGGUCCAAGCACUAUGACCGAGAAAAAGAAAUUUAAUGAGAACAACGAGGAAGUACCACCAGCAAAAAGGGUUGCUCGUCACCGGAGAAAGGGGAUUCCCCAACGUGCACCAUUCUUUUGA